CCAUCGAGCUGUCGCCAUCAUGACCAACUUUGACGAUAUUCUGGAAGAAACCGGCAAAUUCGGCUGGUUCCAGAAACGCGUUUUCAUUUUGAUGUCUCUCGUCUCGGUACCGCUCUCCGGAAUUUACGUAGGGGUUGUGUUUCUGGGUUUCACGCCCAAGCACUGGUGCCAUAACCCCUUGGUGAAGCAGGUCCAGAUGCACUGUAACUGGAGUGUCGAGAAGGUAGUCAAGCUUACAGUACCUUUUAAGAACACGACUGCUGGAAUGGUGCACAGUCAGUGCGAGAGGUUUGACAUGGAGUGGAACAUCACGGAUCUCAGCUGUGAUGAAUUGGAUGGCGAGAUCACCCAGGCAGCACAUGCUUCACUGUCCACGAGUUCCUGCAAGGAUGGUUGGGACUACGAUUACAAGGGACGAGAGUCCUUCGUCACUGAGUUCAAUAUGGUGUGUGAUGACGCUUGGUUAUUAGACAUGUGCCAGGCCUCGCUCUCUCUUGGCUUUUUAGUAGGCAGCAUUGCCAUCGGAUACUUCGCCGACAGGUUUGGUCGAAAAUCAACUUUCCUGGUGACCUGUCUACUGAACACUGUUACAGGAAUUCUAGUGGCAGUCUCUCCUAAUUAUAUCUCCCUGCUGGUCUUCAGAGCACUGUACGGUUUUGGGUCUAAGGGUGGCUGGAUGGUGGCAUUUGUUCUAAUUACAGAGCUGGUGGGAGUGGAGUACAGAAGGCCAGUAGCUGUGUACUUUCAGAUAGUCUUCAGCACUGGGAUCCUCAUCCUGCCGCUCAUGGCCUACCUCAUCAGUAACUGGCGUUGGCUGCAGGUUGCCAUCACAGCUCCAUACCUCUUCUUCCUGUCUUACUAUUGGUUUAUAACUGAAUCCCCAAGAUGGCUUCUCUCUCAAAAUAACUCCAGUGAAGCUGUGAAGAUCACAAAGAAGAUGGCCAAAGUGAACAAGAAGACGCUGUCCAAGAACAUUGAAACACUGAAGGACGACACCCCUGAACUUGCUGCUGCAUCGUUCAUGGACCUGAUCCGGACCCCCAAUAUGAGAAAGCACACUUUUAUCCUCAGCUACAAUUGGUUCACUAGUGCUGUGGUGUAUCAGGGUCUGGUCAUGCGUCUGGGGAUCCUGGAAGGAAAUGUCUACAUUGACUUCCUCAUUUCUGCCUUAGUGGAAUUCCCGGCUGCCUUCCUCAUCCUCUUUACAAUCGACCGUAUCGGACGACGGCUGCCAUUUGCAACGGCCAAUAUUGUUUCUGGUGUUGCCUGCCUUAUAACAGCUUUUAUUCCGGAAAAUUUGUUCUGGUUUAAAACUGCUGUGGCUUGUGUUGGAAGACUGGGAAUCACUAUGGCUUUUGAAAUGGUUGUGUUCGUAAACACUGAACUGUACCCGACAUUUAUAAGGAACUUGGGUAUUUCCAUGUGCUCCACUUUGUGUGAUAUCGGAGGUAUGGUAGCACCGUUCCUGCUUUACAGACUUGCAGUCAUCUGGCUGGAACUACCACUUAUAAUAUUUGGAAUCCUGGCAGUGAUAGCAGGUGGUUUAGUUCUGCUGCUUCCUGAGACCAGAGGCGUACCUCUUCCAGAGACCAUCGAUGAUAUUGAAUCCCCACACAGAAAAACAGAGGACAUGAAGAAUAGUCACCAGAUGGAGAAUCUACUGCACCCAGACGUGACGAAUAAUAAAGAAACUACGACAGUCUGAAAGGAAUGUUUUGGCUCAGACAAAUGUAAAUGGUAAAUCUGUGACACUUGGUUAGGGGUUCUGAUGGACAGGCUACAGUUUAAUAAAGAAGACCAGGACUGAUUGUCACAGUAAAAUAUCCUUGUUUUAAAAAAAAAGUUGAAUUCAAUAUCGAUUACCAGUCAAAAAUUUGGAGACGAGUUUGGAUUUAUUUUGGAUACAUUAUAGGACAAUACCGAACAUUGGUAAUUAGGUAAUAAGCAAUAAACAACAACAACAGUCAGGUGCUAUUUUAAGACAUGAAGGUCAGCUGUUCUGGAACAAAACUUGCAAAAACAGUAUUGUCAAGUGCAUUUGCAAAACCUAUCAUGCACCAUGAUUCGACUGGCUUUAAUCUUGAUUUACUGGCUGUAACUCAGUAUUUACAGAUCAUAAUAUCAAUAUCUCAAUAUCACCUGCUAUUGCAUAUUUUACAGCAUUGUUUUACAAUGUAAAAAGAAAGAGAAAUCACUAAAGACAGUGAAAUUAGGAAGUCUGUCCAAACUUAUGACUUAUAGCAUAUUUGAACAACAAGGAUCCUGUUUGUGUGCUGUUUGUGUGCUUUGCAACACAACUGGUAAACCGAUUUAUAUAUUCUAAACUAAUUUUUAUUUAGUUGCUUUUUUAUUGUUUGUAUCAUUGUUAUUGUAAAAUGCCACAUUUGACUGUUCGUGUUAUUUGUGAUGAUGAAACAUUUUUUGAAGCCAGAUUUCUAUCUGCUAUAAAUGAAAAUUCUUCCUUGUAAGAGUGCACAUACUUUUGCACUGUUGAGGCAACCUCUUGAAACCAUAAUAAAAAUACAUGUUAUAUUAUAUUAUAUUAUAUUAUAUUAUAUUAUAUUAUAUUAUAUUAUAUUAUAUUAUAUUAUAUUAUAUUAUAUUAUAUUAUAUAGCCAUGUCAACAUGGUUAUGUAUGUAUGUAUGUAUGUACUGUAUGUAUGUAUGUUCCUUAUAGGCUCUUCCACAGUUUGGGGGAUCUGGACCAAACUUGGCACAUGUAUUUGUCAUCCCCCUUGUCAAAAUACUGCUAUGUUUUUAGCCCCUAAUACUCACUCACUUUUUUAAACAAAUACUAAUUUCAUCUUGUACUACGCACUCUUUUCAUGAUGGCGAACGAGAAAACUUUCACUGCACAAUAGAUUGCGUUUUGUAUGUUUGCCCACUUACAAAGUAAUAAAGGGUCUGUAAUUGUUAUCAUAGGUUUGUUUUAAAGGAUAGAGACAAUAUAUCAGCCAAAGAUCCAUAAAAAGCACAUAAUACUAAGGUUUAAAUUGUAUUGUAUUUUACUAAGUAAAAUAAGUAUUUGAUUUCCAAACAAACCAUGACUUAGUACUUGGUGGAGAAACCCUUGUUGGUAAGCCCAGAGGUAGUAGUAGUUGACAUUGUGUUACCAAUGGUUUGUUUGGUGCCUGUGGUUCCAACUGCAUUGAAAUCAUUCACAAGCUCAUUCCGUGUAGUUCUGGCUGAUCUGUCACUUUUCUCAUGAUUAUCCUUACCCCAUGAAUUAAAAUCUUUCAUAGAGCUUCAGACAGAGGGCAAUGGGUGGUUAUUUUUUUAUUUCUUACAUUUGCGUAUAAUCGAUCCAACAGUUGUCUCCUUCUCACCAUGCUUCUUAUUGAUAAAGCCUAUUCUAGCCUUGUGCAGGUCUACAGUCUUCUUCCUGUUGUCCUUUGACAGAUCUUUAGUCUUGUCCAUGGUGGUGAGGUUUGCAUGGAAGAUAGAGAAAAGAUGUCUUAAAUACACUUAACAAGUUGUUGUUAGGAGCACUUUUUUUUUUCUGUGACAAAUCUGUGUACCACAUGAGCACAUAACGAGUCCAUGGGACCCAGAAUAAUUGUUGGUUGAUAGGGGAUCCAUUAUUUAUUUUAUUUAAUGAAAUGCAACUCAAUUUAUAACCCUGAUGUAAUGUGUUUUUCUGAAUUUUCUAUUAAAAUUCUGUCUCUAUUCUUUAAAAUAA